GGGCGCUGCCGAGCCGAGCGGGGCCGAGGCGGGCCGAGCGGGGUCCCAUGCGCCUGCCGGGCAUGUCCCAGCCCUUCCUGCUAUCGCCCAUCGCCGAGUGCUCCCCGGGGCCGCCCGGCGCCGAGCUGCGGCUGGCGGUGCUGGGGGCCCGCGGCGUCGGCAAGAGCGCGCUGAUCGUGCGGUUCCUGACCAAGCGCUUCAUCGGGGACUACGAGCCCAACACGGGCAGCCUGUACUCUCGCCUGGUGCGGCUGGACGGGGAGCAGGUGGCCGUGCACAUCCAGGACACGCCGGGGUGCCUCCAGGUGCAGGAGGACUGCGUGCAGGCAUUGGACGCGCUGUCGAGGUGCAUGAAGUGGGCAGAGGGCUUCCUCGUGGUCUACUCCAUCACGGACCCCGGCAGCUACCAGGCGGUCCGGCCCCUCCACCAGCACAUCCGCCAGCUCCACCCCGACGCCCGGAUCCCCAUCGUCGUGGUGGGGAACAAAGCGGAUCUCCUCCACGCCAGGCAGGUGCAGGCCAAAGAGGGGCUGCAGUUGGCCAACGAACUGGGCAGCCUCUUCCUGGAGAUCUCCACCAGCGAGAGCUCGCAGGGCGUCUGCGAGGUGUUCCAGUACCUGUGCCGGGAGGUCAGCAAGCUGCAGCACGCCGAGCGCCGCCGCCCUGCCAUCAUCCCACGGCCACGCUCCCCCAACAUGCAGGACCUGAAGAGACGCUUCAAGCAGGCGCUGUCGCCCAGAGUCAAAUAGAGCUGCUGCUGGGGUCCAGGGGGAUGCCAUAGACUUUAUAUUUUUGUAAGCUAGUGAAUAAAUAAUAAUAAAAAAUCUUUAUUUUUGUACUAA